CCCCCCUUGACUCUAUACUGACUGAUUGGCUCCGUCAUUGCUAAAGCCAAUUAUGCAUUGAAUAAUGUGGACCAUUUUCGCCAAACUUUGAGCUGUAUUCAUUAAGAGCUUAGCUUCAAAUGCUCUAAACUACAAGAGCAACUUUUAAUUUAAUUAGAUGGCAACUUGCACAAGUAUAAAACAGAGAAAUAAUCCUGCUACCUAUUUCCAUCAAAAUACUGCUUCAUAAUUUAAUCCAAGAUGGAUAGAAGAAUGAAGGAAGAAGAAGAAGAAGAUAUAUUUUAUUCUCCUGAAAAUAUGGAAGCAAGUGACAACGAAGAAAAUGGACGCAACGACGAGGAUGAGAAGACAAUGCUUAGCCAUUUAAGAGCCACACUUGAAAAGCAAGAUCCAUCUUGUAAGGAAAUAGAUGAUCUAACAUUGAGGCGAUUUCUACGUGCACGUGAUCUUGAUGUGGAGAAAGCUUCUAGAAUGUUCAUCAAGUACUUGACUUGGAGGCGAAGUUUUGUCCCGAAGGGUUCGAUUUCAGUAUCGGAGAUCAUAAAUCAAUUAAACGACAAUAAGAUAUAUAUGCAAGGAACGGAUACGAGAGGGUGUCCAGUCCUGGUUGUUUUUGGUGCUAAGCAUUUUCCCAGCAAAGGAGGAACGGAAGAACUCAAACGUUUGGUGGUGUUUGCUUUCGAUAAACUAUGUUCGAGGAUUCCUGACGGACAAGAAAAGUUAACGAUUAUCGUAGAUCUACAAGGGUAUGGUUAUUCUAAUAGCGAUGUUCGUGGAUACACUGCAAUCCUUUCAAUUUUACAGGAAUACUAUCCAGAAAGACUCGGCAAAGUGUUCAUGAUCCACGUACCUUACAUCUUCAUGACAGUGUGGAAGAUUAUUUACCCAUUUAUCGACAAAAAUACUAAGAAGAAGUUCGUAUUCAUCGAGAGCAAGAAACUGCGUGAGGCUCUACUUGAAGAGAUAAAUGAAAGCCAGCUUCCAGAUAUUUAUGGAGGUAAACUGAAGCUAGUUCCAAUUCAAGACAGUACUUAAUUCUUGCUUCUCCUCCAAGCCUGAGAAAUAUUUAAAUAAAUGUUGGAUAUGAGAUGAGAAAUGCAUAUUAUAUUAGUAUGUGAAGUUCUAUUAUUAUUCAGUUAUAAUAAUGUAAUUUAAUUUAUACAUGGAUGAAUCAUGCAUGUAUAAAUUAUUUUUAUUU